AUGCCCCCACGCCAUUUUACCCGGUACAUCGUCACCGCGGCAGUCUUCGUUUGUGGCCUCAUAAUAUUCUCUUCGACGUCGAAUCCCUCCACCGCCACCGUAAUCGACGCAAUCCCGUAUCCAGAAGUCCUCCGAGAUGUAAUACCCAAAUUCACAGUCCCGAACCUCCGCUGGUCAUUCCAGAGUUCCGCACACAAACCUCCUGAACAGAAGAAUAGCACGCAUGGAGACAGCUCCUGGUACAGCGACUGGAAAUGGCUCAAUCCCUUCUCGUCCUCUGUGACGCUCGACGAAGACCGGGUCGUCUUACCUCCGCUGGCUGAACGGCCGCCAAUCUACACAUUCUACGACACUUCGAUCGAAAGAGAUGAAGAUACAACGAGCAUCGAUAAAGAUUUUCUAUUGACGUGGCGGCGGGCUUGGUGGGCACAUGGGUUUCGACCGGUGAUCCUGACUGAUGCGGAGGCCAUGAGCCAUCCGCUCUAUCAGACACUCCACGCAAAGGGCAUGCCUGCUUCGCUGGAGCAAGAAUUCCGACAGUGGUUGGCAUGGGCUCAUAUGGGCACCGGCAUGCUGGCCAGCUGGUACUGCUUGCCCAUGGGCCCUGCUGAUGAUGCUCUUCUGUCUCACCUCCGCCGUGGUCAGUAUCCUGAGCUGACCAAGUUUAAAGGCUUGGGGUCUGGUCUAUUUGCCGGAGAAAAGACCCAAAUAAAUGAUGCCCUCAAAUCCGCACUCGACAACGUCAAACUGAGCUCUUUCAAAACCAUGGCGGAUGCCAUUGACGCAGAGCGUUUCAAAGUCGAGCAGCCCACUUCCAUCGCGCAUUAUGAUCCCAAGACUGUGGCUUCCAAAUACCCUAUUCUGGCAGAAUUGAUGGCCAAAGAUGUGAACAAAGGCCGACGUUCGCUAAAUCAACUCAUGAUCGCACAUCUUCAAGUCGUGUGGCAAAAUACAUUCAGUGCUGGCAUUGCCGUCCUGCAGCCUCUUGCAGCCCACACCUUCACGCUUGUUCAGCCGUCCAAGGAUCUGGCUCGGCUCCUUGCGGAAUGUCCCAGUUCGAUCUUGCAAUCAUCUUGUCCACCGAACCGGCCAAAAUGCUCCCCCUGUACUGGCUCGAAAUUGAGAAUCACGACGGCUCCUUCCUUUCGGAACACGUCUUCUUUGUUCACGAUUGCCGUUGUGCCUCACCCUUAUACAAUGAUCACAUUGAUGAAUCAAUCUGAUGCCAUAUCGGUUGCUCAUAUCAGGCGGCACACUGAACGAGAUCCUUGGAUAACCGCAGUUACGCGGGAUCUGUUGGGAGACGCCCGUGGAGGCCCAAGCAGGGUAGUAGCCUUGAAGGAUGCGGUGGCAUCAGAAUAUGGCGAACAGCGCUCCUUGUGGUUUACCACUGAACAUUUCCCUGCGUCUUUCAACCCACCACCCCCUCCCCCAAAGUCACCGACCAAUGACGCCCGUCCAGCGAAGGAGGAAGUUUCUCCGUUUCCAGAGGAUUGGCUCACAGAUCUCGACUGGCACUUUGGCUUUCCCAUCCCAAGGACGACCGUGUCCCAUGGGGAAUCUUUGCCUCCAGUACCCGGACCUGAGCGUUGGGCCAAAUUUCCGUCUGGUCUUCCCACCGAGCGUAAAAAGGCGUCUGAUCCCAACCCACCUACAGAAGAGCAGGCGGCAAUCGAGGUCGACCUUUUACGAAAGGCAAGGAAAACCGUCAAUAGCAAGGACGAGGCCGUGCUCAAGAUCCGCGGCGUGGCAGAGGCGUGGAAUCUGGCCGACGCGGAGGCUUGGAAGUUUGUGAAGAGUUUCCGUGCCCGUCAGGUAGUGGAGAGACUGGGAUUUGAGGAGGAAGAGUCGGCAUAUGAAACUGGGGGCGUGAGAGGGAAUAAUCGAUGGUGGGGCUCAUGA